AUGAAUGCACGUCUGGCCCUUGCAUUCGAGGAUUUCAACACAUGGGCGCGGGAGCGCCGUAUCGAGCACUCACAACCAGAAUUUUGUGCAAAGAUGCUGAGAGAUGUGCAGUCCGGGUAUGCAGAACUGGCUAUGAAGGGCCAUAAUGCCAGGGUGGUCAUGGCCUGGCUUGCCGACUUUGUCCUGAGCCUUCGAAGCAAGCUCCCUGCUGAUCAGCGAACCGAGCGGAUGGACGAGAUGUCGAAAGUAGCGUUCUGGCUGGCGGAGUUUUUCAACCGCAUGGAGUGCUACGGGCACUACUUGUCCGAUGUGGAGAAGGUCGGGCUUCAAGAAACCUGCGUGGCUUGGCUGCAGGCUAGUGAUCUAAAUAGAUCAAAUAUACGACAAAUAUGGACGACAACGACAAUCGUGCAUCAUAUGCGGCCUUAA